UUGCAAAGAAGCAUGCGGGAGUCACACCUGCACGGCCGCUGUAUUGGAACCAUUUCUGAGCCAAAAUGAUAUCUAAGAUCCUGAAAAAGGCGUUUUACUCGUUACUUCUUGUUCUCAUUGUAGCGUGCUUGAUAUUCUUGUUCUUCAGCAAACCAAGCAGUUUGGGGAGUUUUACCAUGUCGGAUGGCGCAGUUUACUGGAGAGCAAAAGCACACCUGAAGGAGCUGCAAGAGAUUGAACCUUCAGUGAGAAAAUCCAGACAAGGGGAUAAUGUGACCUCGAAGGCUAUGGACAAGAUUUUGGGAGUCUGUCCUGACACCCCUCCGGAUCUUGUAGGUUCUCUGCAUGUGGAGUUUGCUCGUAGAUGGUCGCUGGAUAAGGUCACAGAGGAGGUCAGCGUUCCUUCCCUUGGGAUGGGGGGACGAUACAAACCUCCCAAUUGUAUCGCCACGCACAAGGUGGCGAUAAUCAUCCCUUUCCGCAACCGACACGAGCACCUGAAACAGUGGCUUUAUUACCUGCAUCCCAUUCUGAUGCGGCAGCAAUUGGACUACGGCGUCUAUGUCAUCAACGAAGCCGGAGAGGGAGCGUUUAACCGGGCCAAGCUGCUGAAUGCAGGCUUUGUGGAGGCCCUAAAGGAUUACGACUAUAAUUGUUUUGUCUUCUCCGACGUAGACCUGGUGCCUCUGGAUGACCGCAACCUGUACAGAUGCUUUGACAAUCCCAGGCACUUAGCUGUGGCUAUGGAUAAAUUCCAUUACAGUUUACCCUACAAGACCUACUUUGGAGGUGUCUGCUCAUUGUCCAAGGAGCAAUACUUGAGGAUCAAUGGCUUCCCAAACCAUUUCUGGGGCUGGGGCGGCGAGGAUGACGAUAUGUAUAACCGAAUCAUCUUCCGAGGGAUGUCCAUUUCUCGGCCAAACGUGCUGAUUGGGAAGUAUAAGAUGAUUAAACAUGAUGGGGACCUGCAUAAUGAGGUCAAUCCAGUGAAUCCUGCCAAAGUGGGACAGACCCAAAAGACAAUGCAUCAAGAUGGUUUAAGCUCGCUUAGUUACCAAGUCAGUGGCAUUGAGAGGUAUGCAUCCUAUACUUUUAUCACCGUUGACAUUGACGCUCCAUCAGCUAAAUGAGGAUGAAACGUCGAGAUCCAUUUGUGUAGUUGUGUGUGUGUGUGAGUGUUCAUACUUUAGAAAUUACUUGGAAUACCGAAGUAUAAUAUAACAUAAUCGUGUAAAUGCCCUCAAUGUUGUGAAUAUAACAUUUCUAACUAUUGCGCCACAAAUUAUAAGUUAGAUGUAGGCAGAGUGUCCGAAAACCUAUGAAAAUGAUUGAAUUGUUUGUUUCUGGUUUUGUUUAUCUCCCCACGUGAAAAGUAUACUCUUGACUGGUGGGUUUUAGAAUAAUAGAGGCUGAAAUAAAUACCUGACUAUCUCGUCACAUUUCAAAAGGUGCAUGACUGUACAUGUUCCUUCUGGCCAAGCCAACCCUCCUUAUGUUUUGCUGCUCCCCUAAAAGAGGAGCAAGACAAGCUGUUGUACAGGAGGGAUGGUCUCAUGUUGAUUCAGAUUGUUGAUAUCGAUAUUAUUGAUAUUGAUAUUAAGGUUGUACAGCAACAGACAAUGCUAAUUUAUUGGUAACAGGCGAUAAAAGUAAUUUGACCUCCUCACUUAUUAUUUUUAUGUCACUUUUUGUUAGUUUUUUUGAAAGCACCAUAUGAACCAUUUAAAUGUACUAGUGAGCCAUCACAGGCAGUGAGGAUUGGGCUUCAAAGUCACAAUUAAUUAUUGACAAGUGGGUGUGUUACAAAACGACACCCGAGAGCCUCUCCAAUAACAACUGUCACACAGUGUGACAGCUUGCAGCCCUCUUCCUGCCCAGGCCUCUCUUUUCAUUGGUUGACCUAGUGCAGUUACCAUGGGAACCAAUUUGCAGGGACUGCCAUCCAAGACGUGGUCUACAGUUUUUGAAUGGUACACACACAGACAGACACACAUAGUAGUAGCUUAGGGGAAGGAGACCCCAACACAUACUGAGAGAUAUUUUUGGAAAUAUCAGCAUAGCAUAUAUAUAUAUAUAUAUAUAUUUACUGCUACAUCUAGUGUACUGAAUCAUAUUGGAAACGCUUCAUAAUGAUGAUAUCCCAGUAUCAAGUAGCAACUCGGAGAUUUCGUACAUUCUUAUUAAAGGCUUUCAAAAAAAUCUCCAUAGCCGGAACGGGAUUAAUAGUUGGACAGCGUCAGUCAGGAAUUACUCUACAAUUUGUUGUCAAAUGUAUUACAUAGUGUACACUUUGAUACAACGAAUGUAAUGAGAAAUGGUAGUACCACUGCUUAUAAAACCCAUCUUGCAUGAAAAUUAUAAUUGUCAUCCAACAGUGCUGUUGAUUUGUACUGCAAAAGGUGUUACCAUCCUUUAACAACAAAAUGAAGUGAAAAUGUGAACCUUUA